AUGGGGGAAAGCACGCUUGCUGAAUCAUACUCCAUGGAUAUACCCCAUGUUGCUGCGGUUGAACUACCGUUAAACAUCAAGAACAAAGCCAAGGUGAUUAAUGCACUUGGAGGCCGGGACAAGAUAUCGGAUGCUAUUAAAAACUCCGAUGUGCCACUUGAACUUCGUUUUAGGAAGGACCCAUUCCACCAUCCAGUUCAAGCUACUACAUCUACGAAUGAACGUGUUUUGAUCAAAGUAUCGAUACCAAAGAAAGUGGCGAAACAGAAUCAAGGAGCACUGGUUCGUGAAUUGAUUCAAAUGAGCAAUGAUGAUAAAUCAGCACCAAAGAUACAACCAAUUGCUAUCAUUGAUAAAACAUUCAGAUUUAGGGCAAUGAGUGAUUUUCAGGUAAUUACUAAAAACAACCUUGAUGUGCAAGAUAUUACAAAAAAUGUACUCAAUGCAACAAACUACGAAUCACUAAAGCAAUAUGUCGAAAACCAUAACAAUUUUCAUGGAUACAUGGAUAUGAAUAAUGAGUAUUUUGAAAACAAGGAUCAUCAUUUACCACCUCCGCCGGUCUUUUCACCAAUCAAGUACCCCUAUGAUUAUCGUUAUCAGAAAAAUCCCAUUACGUCGGCUGUUAAGGAUGAGAAAAGCGGAGAGAUGAAAAUAAUUUCCAAAAAGACUCCAUUCAAACUACAUACUAUUCUUAUCGAUAUCUCAACCGAUCCGCCAACUCAACCCCCGCCAAAACUAACGGCAAAUCUAAACAAAUUACUUGAUCAAAAACUUUCAGUCAAUAGCCCAGAAUAUUUGCUUGUCAAAUGCAUUGAAUGGUGUAAGGAAAUGUUCACCAUCAAACCCAUAUGGAUUAGGCGUCAAUUGUAUGACAUUAUUCCUGACGAGCUUAAUAAAAGUUUAAAAUUUGCUUUGCCAUACGUUUCGUACAUAUAUAAAUCGGGUCCUUGGCGAUUUUGCAAUAUCAAAAUUGGAGUUGAUCCACGUACAGACCCGAGUUUCUGGAGAUAUCAAAAUGAGUAUUUCCGAGUUCUCGGGGUCCGUAACUCUUCACAAGAUUCAUCAAAGAAAGUUGUACCAAAGACAUUGGAACAUGCUCCGUUUCCUAUAGAAAUAUCACAAAACUUGUUGUUUGACGGUGUCAAUUUACCAUCGGCAGUGACGUACCAAAUUGGUGAUAUCUUGGAUUUGGACAUCACUUCGAUAAUUGAAAAUCAUCUGAAGAGCAUGGGCAAAGAUUUUGUACGAGACAGUUUAGAUACACUGGAUGGUUGGAUUAAUAAAACGACAAUGAACUUGAUUAGACGCAUAAUGAGGUAUAAGUUGCAACAAUUGGUGAAGGAGGAGCCAAUCGAUCAAAGUAAGAUUUACAAAAUGUCAAACGCUGAUUUCGCAAGAGAAGAGACAUGUGUCGAGGAUAUAAAAGACGAUGAGGAGGACACAAAGAUGGGUAUAUAUGAUUUUGACGAUGGCGAUGAACAAGAAGAGGUAGUAGAAGAGUUGAGAGGAGAAGAGGAGGUGGUGGAGGAGGAGAAUCAAAAAGAAACAGAUAUUUUACCAAAGAGCGUGGAUCAAAGCGAACAAGGCAACACAGCAGAAACUGAUCCAAAUGAAGAUCCCGAUGCUAUGGACAUUGAUGUUGCUGUUGAUAUUGACGACAUUUUUACUCGUGUACGUAACAUGAAUCCAGAAACAGCUGAAUCAUUGCGUCAUUUAGUUGGUUUUAUACGACAGGACGAUUUAAAUAAUGAAUAG